GGCACCGUAUAAAACGUGACAAGUGAGGUUACUGCAUUCACUCUGAGAGGCGGAGAAACGUAAACACACGCGAGAUGAUCUGGACCAUUUUUCUGCUCGUCCAAGCUGUCCUGCUUUAUUUUCUCCUCACAGACAGAACGAGAUCCAAAACUGAUCCACCUCUGGACAAAGGAGUGAUCCCGUGGUUGGGCCAUGCUCUUGAGUUUGGAAAAGAUGCUUCCAAGUUCUUGAAUCGGAUGAAGCAGAAACAUGGAGACAUUUUCACCGUGCGUGCUGCUGGGCGUUACGUGACAGUGUUGCUGGAUCCACACUCAUACGACACGGUCAUCAACGAUUCGGACUCCCUGGACUUCACUCGCUAUGCGCAGGUGCUCAUGGAGAGGAUCUUCAACCUGCAGCUCCCACAUCACCAGCCAGCCAAAGCAAAAGCAAUGAUGAAAAAACAUUUCUUGGGAAUGAAUUUGGGCACCCUCAACAACACCUCAAGCCGACACCUGCGAGCCUUGCUGAAAGCUGAGAUGCCUCAGAACCAGAAAGACUGGAAAGAGGAGGGACUUUUCAACCUCUCUUACAGCUUACUUUUCAAGGCGGGGUACCUGACGCUGUUUGGCGGAGAGCAGAACAACAACGGCACGGAUCCUUCAAGUGUCUAUGAGGAGUACAAGAAGUUUGAUGGCCUCUUAACCAAACUGGCGAGAGGCACACUGAAGCCAGAGGAAAAGAGGACAGCCCAGAGUGUUCGACAGAGGCUAUGGGAGCUUUUGGCUCCAGCGGGUCUGACUGAGGACUCAGGUUCAAGCCCUUGGCUUCACGCCUACAGACAGCUCCUGCAAGAGGAGGGGGCCGACGAGGAGACGCAGAAGAAAGCCGUACUUAUGCAACUCUGGGCCUCGCAGGGUAACGUUGGUCCCGCUGCAUUUUGGCUGUUGGGCUACUUGUUGACAAAUCCUGAGGCUCUGGCAGCAGUGAAGAGGGAGAUGGAAACCUUGGAGACCUCUCUGCUGGACGGACCCGUGAACACCCCUGUGUUUGAUAGUGCCUUGGAUGAGACACUCAGACUCACUGCUGCCCCCUUCAUCACCAGGGAGGUAGUGCAGGAAAAGACCCUCCACAUGGCAAAUGGCCAAGAGUACCUGCUAAGGAAAGGAGACAGAGUGUGUUUGUUCCCCUUCAACAGCCCUCAAAUGGACCCUGAGAUUUACCAAGAGCCGCAGAAAUUCAAGUAUGAUCGCUUCCUGAAUGAUGAUGGAUCAGUGAAGAGAGACUUUUAUAAAGCAGGGAGGCGGCUGAAAUAUUACACCAUGCCAUGGGGAGCUGGGACCAAUGGCUGUGUGGGAAAGCAGUUUGCCAUCAAUACCAUCAGACAGUUUGUUUACAUGUUGUUGACUAACUGUGAUUUGGAGCUGUGUGACCCAAAUGCUCCAAUGCCGGAGGUAAAUGCCAGUCGAUAUGGAUUUGGGAUGCUACAACCAGAGGGAGACUUGCUUGUCCGAUAUAAACCUAAGAGUACACUCUAAAAAGAGUGUACCAUCCAUAUGUUUUAUGCACAUUUCAGCACAUGCACAUUGUUCAUAGUGUCAAUAUUCUCUUUGUACUUUUGUAUUCUAUAUUUAUGUACCUGUAUUUAUAUCAUGUAGCUUAUAAUUAUUUGGUUAUUUAUCAAUAAAUGUAAAUAAUGCAUCGUGUA